AUGGAGGACGAUGUGGCGUGGUACAAGGUGCGGGCACCUUUGCUGGUGGUGCGGCGAUGCCCAAUUGCAGAGGCGGAGGAAAUCCACGAGUUGGUGCAAGAGCAACGAGUUCAGGCACAAUCCUGGACAGCCGGCUGGCUCAGGCUUACGGAUGUGGAGAUGUGGAUUUCCAGCUGCAGUAAGCAGGAAGGCUUUAUCCCGCUGGAAGAUGCAGGCAUGCCGGCAGUACUUCAACUCUCUGGGAACGAAUGCCCUGGAGGAGACUGGGACCAGUGGGCGGGCCUCCUGCAUUGGUGGCCAUUGGGGGGAGUUCCACCAGUGCUCCCUGCCACGUUUGGCGGUGCCUACCUUUGCCACUGGAUCCAGGGUCCACAGAUCAAGGCGGAAUGGAUUCGGCUGGGCGAAGAAUUGCAGCUGGCCAGGCUCCACAGCACUACUGUGUUUUCCUGGCGUGUCUUGUUCAGUGGGGACGAUGAUAUCGACGUAAUUAUGGAAUUCAAUAGAUUUAUUUAA